GUGCACCGUCGGUCCGCCGGGGUAGUUCCGCUCCUGUUCCCACCUGUUCCGACGCGUCCCCCCCUUUUUUUUUUUUUUUUUUCUUUUUUGCAGAGAAAUGUGCCGGUCGUUAACAUGGCCUUAAAAUGCCCCCACACCCAGAGAGCGAAGGAGGGAGGGGGGGGCAGGGCAGGGCAUGGCAUGGCAUGCCGUUAAGUUGCAGCGUCUUCAGUGGAGACUUAGGUGAUAAGAGGAGGAUCCGACCGCGCAACUUUCCUCCUUUGACAGCCGCAGCCUCCGGGUCGGGCCGAAUCCAAACCGGAAAGCAACAGAAGGACGUUGACACUGGGACACCGUAGCGGCAAUGUCACAGCUGUAUUACCGGAAGACUGAGAACUCCUCAUACAGGGACCGCAUCCCUCUGCGGAUCGUGCGGGCCGAAGCUGAGCUCUCUGCCAUGGAGAGGGCCUACCUGGGGGCUGUAGAGAAGGGGGACUACGCCAGUGUGAAGCAAGCCCUGGAGGAGGCCGAGAUCUAUUUCAGAAUCAACAUAAACUGCAUCGACUCGCUGGGACGCACAGCCCUGCUCAUCGCCAUUGAAAAUGAGAACCUGGAGAUCAUUGAGCUGCUGCUCAGUUAUAAUGUAUAUGUGGGUGAUGCCCUGCUACAUGCCAUCCGUAAAGAGGUGGUGGGGGCUGUGGAGCUGCUGCUCAACCACAAGAAGCCACGUGGAGAGAAACAGGUCCCACCAAUUUUGCUGGACAAGCAGUUUUCCGACUUCACCCCAGACAUCACUCCAAUCAUUCUUGCAGCCCAUACCAACAACUAUGAGAUCAUCAAACUGCUCGUGCAACGGGGUGUUUCCAUACCCCAGCCACAUGCUGUACAUUGCAACUGCAUAGAGUGCAUGUCCAGUUCAGACGUGGAUGGCCUGCGUCACUCGCGCUCUCGCCUUAACAUCUACAAGGCCCUCUCCAGCCCGUCGCUCAUCGCCCUCUCCAGCGAGGAUCCCUUCCUCACGGCUUUUCAGCUCAGCUGGGAGCUGAAGGAGCUCAGUACAGUGGAGAAUGAGUUCAAGUCAGAGUAUGAGGAGCUGUCCCACAUGUGUAAACAAUUUGCAAAAGACCUCCUGGACCAGACCCGAAGCUCUAAAGAGUUGGAAAUAAUCCUCAACUACCGGGAUGACAUCAAUCCUCUCCUAGAUGAGAACGCUAAUGAUCUGGCACGACUGAAGCUAGCUAUCAAAUAUUGCCAGAAAGAGUUCGUUGCUCAGCCCAACUGUCAGCAGCUGCUGGCGUCUCGGUGGUAUGAUGAGAUCCCAGGCUGGAGGAGGCGUCACUGGGCAGGAAAGCUCAUCACGUGUAUCUUCAUUGGCCUCCUCUUUCCACUGUUAUCCAUCUUCUACCUGAUCUCUCCAAAGAGUCGCUAUGGCUUAUUCAUCCGUAGGCCUUUCAUUAAGUUCAUCUGUCACACUGCUUCCUACCUGACCUUCCUCUUCCUGCUCUUCUUGGCCUCACAGCAUAUAGCUUCUGCACACCCGGACUUUCAGGGCCCAGCACCGACCACUGUUGAAUGGAUGAUCCUGCCCUGGGUGCUUGGCUUUAUAUGGACUGAGAUCAAACAGAUGUGGGACAGUGGUUUCCAAGACUACAUAGAUGACUGGUGGAACUUAAUGGACUUCAUAAUGAACACCUUGUAUCUUGGAACCAUUUCUCUGAAGAUUGUUGCCUAUGCAAAGUACAGUGGGCAUAAACCCAGAAACAGCUGGGAAAUGUGGCAUCCGACUUUGGUGGCAGAGGCAUUGUUUGCUAUCGCCAACAUCUUCAGCUCCUUGCGCCUCAUCUGCCUUUUCACUGCCAACUCCCAUCUGGGGCCCUUGCAGAUCUCACUGGGUCGCAUGCUGCUGGACAUCCUAAAGUUUCUCUUCAUCUACUGUCUAGUACUUCUAGCCUUUGCCAAUGGCCUCAACCAGCUGUACUUUUAUUAUGAAACAAAUGAUGUCAAUAAUUGCAAGGGUAUUCGCUGUAAUCAGCAAAACAACGCCUUCUCAACGCUGUUUGAGACACUGCAGUCACUAUUUUGGUCUGUGUUUGGCCUGAUUUCCCUCUAUGUGACCAAUGUGAAACCAGAACAUGAAUUCACUGAAUUUGUGGGCUCUACCAUGUUUGGCACAUACAAUGUGAUCUCUCUGGUAGUGCUACUGAACAUGCUAAUUGCGAUGAUGAACAACUCCUACCAAAACAUAGCUGAUCAUGCAGAUAUAGAGUGGAAAUUUGCAAGAACAAAAUUAUGGAUGAGCUGUUUUGAAGAAGGGGGGACUUUGCCAUCUCCCUUUAACAUAAUACCCAGUCCAAAGUCAAUUUACUAUCUAAUUGGAUGGAUAAAGACACGUUUGUUUAGGAGACCAAGCAUAAAAAGGCUUGAAACCUUCGAAACCUUGGGGAGACGUGCAGCCAAAAAUGUAAGAUUAAACCACGAGUAUCAGGAGGUUUUGAGGAACCUUGUGAAGCGGUAUGUGGCCGCAAUGAUCAGAGAUGCCAAGACAGCUGAAGGGUUGACAGAAGAGAAUUUCAAGGAGCUUAAGCAGGAUAUCUCCAGUUUCCGCUAUGAAGUCCUGGGAAUGAUGAAGGGUAAAUUUCAUGGUAGGGUACCAAGUGAAGUUGCAAGCUCCACCAUGGCAUACGCUGGAAAUUCAUUUAAAUAUUCUCCCAAACUCCCCACUGAUGAGCCUGAACAGAAGAUGACCAUGUUUGAUGUGAUCACUGCCACCCUACAGAGCGGAGCUGCCAACACCACCAGCUCUGUUUUCUCCAACAGGGUCACCAAUGGUUCAGUUGUUCCAUCCAGCACUGGAAAGACUCGGACUGAGCUAUCCAAAGAUGUCUCAGAUGCUGGGUCCCACCAGAACCAGAGCACACUCUCCUCGCAGAAAUUUGAUGAAAUAAAUUCAUUGUCAGAGGACGAUUCAUUGGGAUCUGGUGGACAAAACCAAAAGCAACUUCAGACUGAGAAAGUGAUUGUGGAAGUCUUACAGACAGUGGAGAAGAACAUUCAGGAGAUUGAACAUUCCUGCAGUGAGCACAAUAAGGAAGUGAAAAACGGGCCAAAAAAAUAUAAAAAUUAAUCUUUCUGCAAGUGAGGGAUUUUAAUCAUGUCAGAGCAACAUUUUAGGACGACAUUUUUAAACUUUAAUUAUUUCCUCUACCAGUUUGAAAAUACUUUACUUAAAUAAAUGAAUUCUCUCAAAGUAAACGGUACCGAAGUUAAAAUGUAUGUUCAGUUUAAAUCUUGUAUCCUGUCGUGUAUGCAAUGGUAUAAUAAUGUUAUGUUAUUUCAACAUUAUAUUACAAACAGUCAUCUCUGAUUGAUAGAAAGAAAUACAAAUACAGGCUACUGAGUGAGGACUGACCUCAGUGAGUGCUGACUUGAUGCUCUGGGCAUUGUGACACAGGUCAGUGAUUCGUGUUUUACCUUGAGCAAUUAAUUCCAAAGAGCCAAGACAUCCUGUUGCCUGUCCUCUACUCUUCCACCUUGAACUGUUGUCCUACUGUAAGGUGCGAAAUACUGCCUAUAGAAAAACUAUUUACUUGUCAUAUGCCGACAGUAUCCAGUUCUUUUUGAUAAAAAAUUAACUCUACAGGAGAAGAAAUAUUCAAAUCAGCACUGAGUAAGAGCAAGUUUGUUUGUAUUUAAUGUGUGACCUAAUUUAAUAUGUAAUUUUAAUGCAUUAUCCAGCUGAUUUAACAAGUCAUGUAGCACCUAGCUCAGAGAUUAGGAACAGUUUCAAUGGUGGAUCUUUUACUGCACAGUUACCAAAGUUUUACUCCUAAUUUUGUUGUUGGAGCAGAAGAGACACCCAAUGUAAUCUUGAUGAGUUCUUUUUUUUUU